AUGACAGCCUCCCGCCUGGACUUUGGGGAGGUGGAAACUUUCCUGGACAGACACCCAGAGUUGUUUGAAGAUUACUUGAUGCGGAAGGGGAAGCAGGAGAUGAUGGAGAAGUGGCUGCAGAGGCACGGUGGGAGUCAGGGGGCGGUAGGCCCAAGGCCCGCAGUGGCCGGCACCGGCAGCUUGGCUCACAGUGGUGGCAGAGCCAGCGGUAGUGUUGGCGGUGGCACUGGACCAGAUAGCUCGGCCAACAGCCACCCCGCUCCGGGUGGUGCGGACUGUGGCGGGGUUCCCCUGAGUCCCAGCUGGGCCAGUGGCAGCCGGGGCGAUGGGAGCCUGCAGCGGAGAGCUUCUCAGAAAGAGCUCAGGAAGAGUUUUGCUCGCUCCAAGGCCAUCCACGUGAACAGGACCUACGAUGAACAGGUGACCUCCCGGGCCCAGGAGCCCCUGAGCAGUGUGCGGCGGAGGGCACUUCUCCGGAAGGCCAGCUCCCUGCCCCCCACCACGGCCCACAUUCUCAGUGCCCUGCUGGAAUCGAGGGUGAAUCUGCCUCAGUACCCCCCUACGGCCAUGGACUACAAGUGCCACCUCAAAAAGCAUAAUGAGCGUCAGUUCUUCCUGGAACUGGUCAAGGAUAUCUCCAAUGACCUUGACCUUACGAGCCUGAGCUACAAGAUACUCAUCUUUGUCUGCCUCAUGGUGGACGCUGACCGCUGCUCUCUCUUCCUGGUGGAGGGGGCAGCUGCUGGCAAGAAGAGCUUGGUCUCCAAAUUCUUUGAUGUGCAUGCAGGAACCCCACUGCUGCCCUGCAGCAGCACAGAGAACUCAAACGAGGUGCAGGUCCCCUGGGGCAAAGGCAUCAUUGGCUAUGUCGGGGAGCAUGGAGAAACGGUCAACAUUCCUGAUGCCUACCAGGAUCGAAGAUUCAAUGAUGAAAUUGACAAGCUAACUGGAUACAAGACAAAAUCACUAUUGUGCAUGCCUAUCCGAAGCAGUGAUGGUGAGAUUAUUGGUGUGGCCCAAGCGAUAAAUAAGAUUCCUGAAGGUGCUCCAUUUACUGAAGAUGAUGAAAAAGUUAUGCAGAUGUAUCUUCCAUUUUGUGGAAUUGCCAUAUCUAAUGCUCAGCUCUUUGCUGCCUCAAGGAAAGAAUAUGAAAGAAGCAGGGCUUUGCUAGAGGUUGUUAAUGACCUCUUUGAAGAACAGACUGACCUGGAGAAAAUUGUCAAGAAAAUAAUGCAUCGGGCCCAAACUCUGUUGAAAUGUGAACGCUGUUCUGUUUUACUCCUAGAAGACAUUGAAUCACCAGUGGUGAAGUUCACCAAAUCCUUUGAAUUGAUGUCCCCAAAGUGCAGUGCCGAUGCUGAGAACAGUUUCAAAGAAAGCAUGGAGAAAUCAUCACAUUCCGACUGGCUCAUAAAUAACAGUGUUGCUGAGCUCGUGGCUUCCACAGGUCUUCCGGUGAACAUCAGCGAUGCCUACCAGGAUCCUCGCUUUGAUGCCGAGGCUGACCAGAUAUCAGGGUUUCAUAUAAGAUCUGUUCUCUGCGUCCCUAUUUGGAAUAGCAACCACCAAAUAAUUGGAGUGGCUCAAGUGUUAAAUAGACUUGACGGGAAAGCUUUUGAUGAUGCAGAUCAACGACUUUUUGAGGCUUUUGUCAUCUUCUGUGGCCUGGGCAUCAACAACACAAUUAUGUAUGAUCAAGUGAAGAAGUCUUGGGCCAAGCAGUCCGUGGCUCUUGAUGUGCUGUCAUACCAUGCAACAUGUUCAAAAGCUGAAGUUGACAAGUUUAAGGCAGCCAACGUCCCUCUGGUGUCAGAACUUGCCAUCGAUGACAUACAUUUUGAUGACUUCUCUCUUGAUGUUGACGCCAUGAUCACAGCUGCUCUCCGGAUGUUCAUGGAGCUGGGGAUGGUACAGAAAUUUAAAAUUGACUAUGAGACACUGUGUAGGUGGCUGUUGACAGUGAGGAAAAAUUAUCGAAUGGUUCUGUACCACAACUGGAGACACGCCUUCAACGUGUGCCAGCUGAUGUUUGCGAUGCUCACAACCGCAGGGUUUCAAGAGAUUCUGACCGAGGUGGAAAUUUUAGCGGUGAUUGUGGGAUGCCUGUGUCAUGACCUUGACCACAGGGGAACCAACAAUGCCUUCCAAGCUAAGAGCGGCUCUGCCCUGGCCCAACUCUACGGAACUUCCGCUACCUUGGAGCAUCACCAUUUUAACCAUGCUGUGAUGAUCCUUCAAAGUGAGGGUCACAACAUCUUUGCUAAUUUGUCCUCCAAGGAAUAUAGUGACCUUAUGCAGCUUUUGAAGCAGUCAAUAUUAGCAACGGACCUCACGCUGUACUUUGAGAGGAGGACUGAAUUCUUUGAACUUGUCGGUAAAGGAGAAUAUGAUUGGAACAUCAAAAACCAUCGUGAUGUAUUUCGAUCAAUGUUAAUGACAGCCUGUGACCUUGGAGCCGUGACCAAACCGUGGGAGAUCUCAAGACAGGUGGCUGAACUUGUAACCAGUGAGUUCUUUGAACAAGGAGAUCGGGAGAGAUCAGAACUCAAACUCACUCCUUCAGCUAUUUUUGAUCGGAACCGGAAAGAUGAACUGCCUCGGUUGCAACUGGAGUGGAUUGAUAGCAUCUGCAUGCCUUUGUAUCAGGCGUUGGUGAAGGUCAAUGUGAAACUGAAGCCGAUGCUGGAUUCCGUGGCGGCUAACAGAAGUAAGUGGGAAGAGCUGCACCAGAAAAGGCUGCUGGCGUCGGCCGCCUCCCCCUCCUCCGCCAGCCUCUUGCCGGCCGCCGGGGAAGACAGAAACUAA